CUGAAAUUUUCCCAUCUCUAGCCGCAUAUUAAUAACAAAAGAGUGCAAAAAUGUAUUUAACUCUGCUAAACGGUACCGGCUUUGUUUUUAAUGUUGAUGAUUAUAUGGAACUGCGAAGCAAAUACCGGAUAAUGGGUGCUCCAGUUGGCACUGCGAACACCAAAGGCUGGAGUCCCAAUCAGUCCACUCUGCCCGUGGAACUGACUAAAUACGAAACCCAGUUAGUUUUGGACGAGAAUAUAGCAAUGUUAGUGGAUAAAUCUCAGGACUUGAGGGCAAAGCCCACAGCGGAGAAACUGGAGGAGUUCAAGGCUGAUUUCGAAUCCCGUUUACUAGGACAGAAAGAAACACUGAAGGACGAAAAGCUUCGGGAAACUGAACGAUAUAUGGAGAAAAUCCUGACAGGGAAACGAAAAAAGUUGCUUAAGCAGGGAAAACAUGAAAUGGCUGAAGCUCUAACUGCCGAAGAUGUACUGAAGGAAAUGUCGGAAAAUUUUAAAUUCGAUCGCCAAAAUGCCUUGGUGGAGGUGCCUUGUGAACAUCUCAAAGAUCACUCUGCGCAAAUAGUUUCUCGAGCUCUAGUCGACACCAAUUCCCUGAAAUACCGCAUUUUCAAAGAUCUUUGGAAGCGGGGUAAGUUUGUGACCUCCGGUGACGCAUUUGGAGCGGACUUCCUCGUUUACCCCGGGGAUCCCCUGAUCUACCACGCCUCGCAUAUAAUUAUUGUUCAUGAGAAACCAGUAAUUAAGCCCUUGGAACUGGUGGCCAAAGUUCGUCUAUCGGUGAUUGUCAACAAAAGCUGUGUAUUUGCCUACGAGAAGGAAAAUGAGGGAAUCCAUUACCAAACUGUAGCAUGGUGUAAUCCCAGCAAGUGAAAAUU